AUGAAGAGCAGUGUUGGGCGCUUUGCCACCAAAGUCUGCAAACAUUUCGCCUUCACUUCAUCGCUGAAGAGUCACUUCUGGUCACAGAAACGAGUCAUCUGUUGGUCAGCGCCGACGGAAGCGUUCAUCAGCGGUCACUGCACGACGGUUUGUAUGACGUCAUCGCGAGAACUGUCAAUAACACGACUUUUGCUCCAAUCAGAGACCGAAUUGCGACCGAAAGCCAACAAUGAGAGCGAAAUAAUCUCUUCGCUGGGAAUCGUUCUCUUCAGAGCUCUGGACUUCGGUCUCCACGACGACGAGGAGCGGUCUCUGAGCGCGCCUUUGGAGCGACUGAUCGACAGAUUGACGACAAACACGACGACAGAAGACGACGCGCGCGACGAAGGAAUCGAAUUGAUGGAGAAUUCGUCCAAAACGUCGUUCGAUGACGUCAUCCAAAUGUGUUGCGCGCGACUGGAGGACGGCCAGAACGCGGACACGCAUUACCGCGGCGUUUGUCGCGCUCUGGUUCUCGAGACUCUGGAAUUGAAGUCAUUUUUGGUGCAAAUCUCGAGACAAUCGAAAGACAAGAACGAGAAGAAGGAAGCGGAAGAAGAGGUGAUCGAGGAUUGGGCGCGUCUUUGGCUGCACGUGAUUCGCCAGUUGCGCGAAGGCGUGUAUUUGCGACCGAUUCCCGCCGCCAGAGAGCGCUGCGACGCCGCGUUCGAGUUGACGCCGUUCGAGCGCCUCCUGGCGGACAUCCGUUCGGGCGUUCCCUUGAAUCGCGUGGAAGUGACGGAAAGCGAGCGCAACAAAGACGCGCACGAACUCAUCCUCGACUUCAUCCGCGCGCGCCCUUCGCUGCAGUCGGCGGAG